AUUUUCUCUCUUAGGGGGGGAGAUGUAAGGAAAUUCCAUUACAUUUCCUCGGAUUAAUUUAAAAUCUCCCGGUAAAACGGUCGGUAAUACGGGCAUCUAGAUGUGCAAAGAAAAAUUAAUAGAGGUUAGAAAAGAGAAACCCACGUGGAGAGAAAAUACGGUGAAUAAAAUUUAAUUUGACAAAGUGUUAUUAUAAUAGAAUCAGUGAAUAAGAAACAUUGAAUGUUGUUUCUUUGUUUUUCAGGUCUUAAGAAAAAAUCGGGCGAUGGCUUAAUCGUAUUAAUAAUAUAUCAUAGCGUGGCCAGAAGACUUGGUUUACGUUGCAAUGUAAUAGAUAAUUGCCCUUAUUAUAUAUUUUGGAAACCAAAAUAUACUAAUGACGGAUUAGAAAAUGUGCGAUAUUUGCUAGUUGAACGGCAGGAUGAUUUAUCAUGGCCCACACCAUUAUUGUCAGACUUUCAUGAAUUCUAUAAGAUGUAUGUUAAUAAGGUAUGGAACUACUUAAAAAUAAAUUUCAAAGAAAUGUUGGUUUGGCUAAUGCAAUAUUCAAGUUGGAGUCAAAUGCUUAUGAAAUUCGCAUGUUUAAACUGCAUUUUGCUAAAUCAAUAUGCAGAAAUACAGGACUAAAAGACGCAGAAUAUGAUAUCAGUAGGAAUGAUCAUAGAACAUCGUGCAUUAUAUGGGAAUAAAUGCACCGGCGUUAUACUUGCAUGGCACCGAUGUGAGGAUGGACAUCUAAUCUCUAAAGGCUAUGAUGAUUUUAAUUGUGUAUUGCGGUUAAAUCAUAAUGAAUCGCAUAGUUUGAAUAGAGGUCUUUCAAGAGACACGGUAGUGUCUCGCGACCAGUUAAGGGCGUAGCGGAGACACC